UGGAGGUUCAGUCAGACUCAUUCACCAAACAAGCUGUGUGCAAGGAAGAACAGCAAGCAGCCACAACUGCAAGAUCUACUCUACAAGUUUCUCCAAACACACCAAUGCUGUCAGAUUACGGAACCAAACCAUACGCUUUUCAUCAGCCAAAAUACUUCUCGGUACAGCAGAGCAUCAUCAGUCAACAGAUAAUCCCCCAGAGGACGACAACUUUGCCGUGUUUACGAAGCGUCGCUUGGGGCACUCCACACACUGGUACAGUCUGCUUUAAAGAGUCAUCUCACCACAGUGUGGAGCACUUCACAACAUGGCAACAUGGCAGUGUCGGGAGCUGGGGACAUUUAAAUAUGGAGAAGCUGCUAAUGGUGUGUUUGAUGAAGGAGCUAGAAGGAAGUCCAUUCUCCAAAGUAAAUGUUGCGGUGAUGCAAUCCUCAGACUCCUGCGUGCAAUCACAAGGCCCCGGAGUUGCACGGUCAGCCAGGAAGAGGCGUGGGCCACACUGCUUCUCACUCAUGCAGCCCCAACUCAUUGUCGGUGACUGAUGCAGGAAAGGCGAUAAAAGGGAAACAGGAGAGGACUGGAGAUACCAAAACUGGAGAGUGAGCAUGGAAUAUUUCAUGGUACCCGCUCAGAAGGUGCCCUCUUUGCCACACUUCCGGAAGACGGAGAAAGAAGUGAUCGGGGGUCUUUGCAGUCUGGCCAACAUUCCUCUAACCCCAGAAACAGCCCGCGACCAAGAGAGGCGGAUUCGCAGAGAGAUCGCCAACAGCAACGAGCGUCGGCGCAUGCAGAGCAUCAACGCCGGUUUCCAGUCGCUCAAAACGCUCAUCCCGCACAGUGAUGGGGAGAAGCUCAGCAAGGCCGCCAUCUUGCAACAAACAGCGGACUACAUUUUCGCUUUGGAGCAGGAGAAGACACGGUUACUGCAGCAGAACAAUCAACUCAAGCGAAUCAUACAAGAGCUAAGUGGCUCCUCCCCAAAACGGAGGCGCGUGGAAGAGAAGGACGAAGGCAUCGGCUCGCCUGACAUCCUGGAAGAGGAGAAAACGGACGACCUGAGGAGGGAGAUGGUCGAGCUGAGGCAGCAGCUGGAGAAAGAGCGCUCCACUCGGAUGAUGCUGGAAGACCAGAUGCACUCCAUCGACGCUCACUUGUACCCGGAAAAACUGAAGGCUCUAGCCCAGGAGGUCCAGGAACAGCAACAUAAGCAGCUGGAAAGGGACCUCACACCUGUUCAUAGCCCACAGGUGUUUGCCCCAGCGACCCCUCCUGCCCCCACACACCACCCCACUGUCAUCGUCCCAGCGCCAGUCCAACCUCAGCAGCCCCAUCACGUCACCGUGGUAACCAUGGGCCCGGCGUCUGUCAUCAACACGGUCUCCACAUCCCGACAGAACCUGGACACCAUUGUUCAAGCGAUCCAGCACAUCGAGGGCACCCAAGGGAAAAGUUGCGAGGAGGAGCAGCGGCGGGCGGUCAUCGUGUCCUCGGGACGCGUCCUCUCUGACAACGACGAGCUUGACGACUCCUCGCUGCCAUGAGUCCGCACACCCGCCUACACGCAUAAGACAAGAGACUAUUUAAAAUAGGGCUGGUAGACACGUUGAAGCACUCGUACGUACAGUACAUUCGUACGAACAAGUACAGUAUAGUACCGUGAUAGGCAGCCACCACUUAAUCCAUGCCGCUUAUCUACAUACACAUAUUUAACUUGUAGAUGGGUUACUAGAGCAGCUAAAAGACUGAUCGUAUAAAUACUCUCAUACUGGAUGUUACUCGUCAAGCUGUACAUCUUGUUGCCCACUAGAGGGCGUGCUCAAACAAAAUGAGGCCCCGAGAGUGACCACACUUUUUUUUCUUUUUUUUUUAAACACUGUGAGCCAUCUUUUACGCUUCUCUCUCUUGUACAGGAGAGAACGCACUUAACCAGUUUUGUCUUCUGUUUGUGUGUCGCCAUUAUUGCUGGGCUGGGUUCCCAGUGCACUCCUCCAUCCCAGACAUAAAGGCUUGUUAAUUAAGCUUAUCAGUGGGCACUUUGGAGUGUUGCUACGUGCUUGUGUCCCCCCCCGCCCCCUCUUUUAGCAUUUAGCUUAGCCGUGCAGCUGAGACUCUGGAAGUCUGCAGCAGCACCAAACUUAAUGCCUCCCAUGGGAAGGCACACUUAAAUGUUUCCGCCAUUAUUAGGCACACAAACAAACAAACACACAACUCACACACACACACACACACGCACACACACACACACACACACAAUCGCGUUUGCUCAAUCAUAACCCCCCAACUCCACUGCUAGUUCUCCUUAAAGCUUUUUACUUUUUCUUUAUUACACAUUCCUGCAAAGAUCAUACUUAUUAAUUUUGAUGUUCAUCGCCUAAAAUGUAGAAAUGUGUCAUAAAUGCAAAUACAGUGGAACCAACAAAGUCCAACGCUACAAAGGUCGUGGAAUUUUCCUGGAAACUGUCACUUACAGGUGAUCUUUUCUUGUACUAUUUUUUUUCUCGUAAGCGACUCGUUGAAAUCUUACAUGUAUCCUAAUAAAUGUAGUUAUUUGUAAAGGGGUUAAGUUCCGAGAACCCCGCAAAAAGCCAAAUCCUGCGACGAAUGGCCUAAAAAAUGUAUUAAAUGGAUAGAUAGAUAGAUAGUACUUUAUUGGUUCCUUCAGGAGAGUUCCCUCAGGAAAAUUAAAUGUACAGUACAAUUCAGUUUUAUGGUGAUCUACUGCAGUGGUUCACACCAUUUGUUCACCAAGUACCACCAUAAUGACCAACAUUAAAAUACAGUAGCGCUGUAGCCCUAAAUAUUAAUUAAAAACAAGGCAGAAUUUUUUUUUUUUUUAAACUAUUUAAUUCAGUGAUUCUUUGGUAUAAUACUAGAUCAGGGGUCUGCAACCUUUACUAUCAAGAGACAUUUUGUCACCUCUUUCACUAAAGAAAAAUAGUAUAGAGCUGCAAAACCUAACGCAGCUUAUAAGCUUUUCAAACAUUUAAUCUUUUUUAUUUUACAGGAAAAGCAAUCUGUCCACGGGAAAUUAAACUUGUUUUAUUUUCUUUUUUGGGCAAGUAUUUAUAGUUAGAUCUCUAUAGAUGUUCUUAUUCAUCCAGGUCAUUGUAUUCUCAGGGCAUUUAAUCGACCGCAACUGGACUGUUUUGUUUCAACAGUUGUUUGGUUUGCUUUUUUUCCCCAUACGAUUAAGCGGAACCAUCCUUGCUCAGGCACACUGAGUUUAAAUAUUUGGGGUUUUGGCGCCAACCGCGGGACUGUAUCUGACCAAUCUAAGUCUAUGAGCAUGAACUAAGUAAAGCCUACUUGGAUGAGAGGCGAAACGUCUUCCAAGACAAACCAAACAGUCCAGUUGCGAUCGAUUGAAUGCCCUCAGAUUAUUUAUGGUUAGGUUACCCAAGGUGUUGCACACUCGAGAUGCUUAACUGAACACAAUGGGUUCCAGUCUUUUUUACUUGUCUUCCUAGCGCCCCAGGACUCGGCCUGUGUGGAUUUACGGCCUUACAGACAGUCGGAAAUUCUAGAACUAUUUUUAAAAAUGCUUACUUUUUUUACCCCAGGAUUUAAAAAAUUCAAGGGAGCCACAACAAGGCCAGCCGGUUGCAGACGCCUGCACUAGAUGGAGCCCGCGUACCACUGCUCUACUAUAUAGCAGCAAUUCUUGUUACAUUUUUAAAACACUUUUUGCAUAAAAGUACAUCUUCAACUUGUCAAUAACAACUUUUUUUCAUGAACUGUAUUCAAAACUCGACAUUGAAUAAUACAAUUGUUUUUUAAUUGUAAAUGAUAAGUUCAUUCUAAUGACACUACUUAGAAAAUUAAAAUGUAAUUAUCUUACAGUUACAAUUAAGAAUUUUUCCUGAUAAAAUUGCAAUUCUAUUCUCGUGAAUUACAACUUUUGUUUUUACAUUCCCGUACAAUACCUUUUUUUUUUUUAGUGUACAGCGACAAAAAUUACAACUUUUCUAUGUUCACAUGACAUCACUUAUUACCUGUAAAAUAGCAGUUGAAUUCCUGUACAAUUACAAUUAUUACCAAUUUUUCUGGCGAAAUUACAGAUGCAAAAUGUCAGUUUCCUUUUCAUUCGACUUUUAUCACGAAAUAAAUAUCCAUUGCAAAACACGGGUUAAUUUUUGUAAAAGUGCAACUUCGUUGCCUAAUGUAAAACCUUUUGAUGUUAAUUCUGAAACCCUAUUCAGAUUUUUUGGGGGGUAAAAUUAAAUUUUUAAGAUUCUUCCAAUAAAAGUUUUACUUCUUGCUUUAAAUGGAAAGUUUAUCCUCGUAAAUCUGCAAUCAUGACUUUCUCAUAAAUAUCUCAUCUUUAUUCACUCAGUACAGUAUAGCAAAUAUCUCAGUAAAAUUACAUUUUAAAUUAGUCUUAUUAUGACUUCUUUUCAAAUAAUUUUAUGGAUGGAAAAUUAAAAUUUUAAUUACUGACCAUGUUUCUCUUUAAAAAGUUUUAACUUUUGUUGAAAAUGUUAUUUCCCCACAAAUCAAGGGUAUUUUCAACACCCAUCAGGCACAAGACAUUGAUACAACGUUGAUUAUACACACAUGUCCUCUAAAACUGACUUUGACACAACCUUGCAAUAUAGUUGUAUUUGUAAAUUGAGAGGCCAUGUUGGUUGGAAAAUGACCAAAUUUCAAUGGUCAAAUAAACGUCACAACCUGACAGUGAGCAAACAUCAAAAAGUAUGUUUUUUCAACAUUGUUUUUGUGUUGUAGAAUAUUGACUGGGGAAUGACCGAAUCAAAAAGCAUGUUGUUUGAGUUGCUCAAUGUCAGGACCUAAUUCAGCAAGUUCUCAACGUUGUUUCAAUGUCUUGUUCCACCUGGGAUGGCCAGUAAGUUUAAUAGAUAUUUUUAGGAUGGUGAUGGUUUGACCCAGGAACAGAUUGUUCCAGUUUUCGUGUUUGACUUUAGAGGUUCCACUGUAGCUGUUGGAGCUCAUAAUGAUUCCAAAUACCUUUGACCACUCAAACAUUCCAUUUCAAUUCAACACUUUUGUCAUUUAAAUGCUGUAUUUUCUGCCAUAUCUCAAACUCUGACAUAGUCACUGUUUUCAUCCUAGCCCUUUAAAAAGAAAAAUCCUCGCCCUCACUUGAAAUGAAUGAGGGCCUUCUUUAAAAAAAAAAAAAGAUUGGCACGAAAAAUGUGCUUUUUAAUGUUUUAAUCCAUUUCAAGCACUUACUCGACUGGUGCCGCACUUUUUCUUCUUAAAGAAAGGCACCAUUGUUGUUACAGUAUGUCAUACCUCCAUAUAUAGCCCAUCAAUUUUCAUCUUUUACAGCCCACCACCACCCCCGUCCCUUUUUUUUACUGUCUGCAUAUGUUUUUGUAUGAGAAAAGUUUGGGGGAUUAAGAGGCUUGUGCCUUUGUAAAGACAGACUAAUAAAGUUUGUACUUUGUUUUUUUUAA